UGAGCCAGAGGAGGUGUGUCCAGAUUCCCAUAGCCCUGCUGAUGAACAGCAGGUGGAGUUCCAAGACAACCAGGGGCCACCAGCCAGUGGCAGGAUCUCUGCCCUCUAGACAUGGUGCUGGCCCCCUUUGAUCCCCAGCCCUGUGACCAUGCAGAGGUACAGACUGCCUAGAGACUACCAUCUAUAGCCUGUGCCAUGAAGCCAACUCAGGCACAGAUGGCUCCUGCCAUGGAUUCGAGGGAGAUGGUGUCCCCGGCUGUGGACCUGGUGCUGGGUGCCUCAGCCUGCUGCCUGGCCUGUGUAUUCACCAACCCCCUGGAAGUGGUAAAGACCCGUCUACAACUGCAGGGGGAACUGCAGGCCCCAGGCACCUACCCACGGCCCUACCGGGGCUUUGUGUCUUCUGUUGCAGCCGUGGCCCGGGCAGAUGGGCUAUGGGGCCUGCAGAAGGGGCUGGCUGCUGGCCUUCUCUACCAGGGCCUCAUGAAUGGUGUCCGUUUCUACUGCUAUAGCCUGGCAUGCCAGGCUGGCCUCACCCAACAACCAGGCGGCACUGUGGUCGCAGGCGCUGCGGCUGGGGCAUUGGGGGCCUUCGUGGGGAGUCCUGCUUACCUGUUUCCAGGCUCUAUCCUAGAGCUCCCAUCUGCUCUGAACUUGCAGGUCAAGACACAGCUGCAGGCUCAGACAGUGGCUACUAUGGCCGUGGGGCAUCAGCACCAGCAUCAGGGUGUCCUGAGUGCCCUGGAGACCAUCUGGCGCCAACAGGGCAUGCUGGGGCUGUGGCGGGGUGUGGGUGGGGCUGUGCCCCGAGUCACAGUAGGUUCAGCUGCCCAGCUGGCCACCUUUACCUCUGCCAAGGCUUGGGUACAGGAUCGACAGUGGUUUUUGGAGGACAGCUGGCUGGUGACCCUGGCUGGUGGCAUGAUCAGCAGUAUAGCCGUGGUUGCAGUCAUGACACCCCUGGACGUCGUCAGCACGCGGCUGUACAAUCAGCCAGUGGACAGAGCUGGCAGGGGCCAGCUGUAUGGGGGCCUCGCUGAUUGCCUGGUGAAGACCUGUCAACAGGAGGGACCCCUGGCACUCUACAAAGGCCUAGGCCCUGCCUAUCUGCGCUUGGGUCCCCACACCAUCCUUAGCAUGUUCUUCUGGGAUGAGCUUCGGAAACUGGUUGCGAGGGCCCAGCACCAGGGCACCUAGACUCAACCCUCAUCCCACCACCAAGCCUGCCAUCUGGUAGAGGUGAUGGCCUGUCAGUGUAAGACUGGCUGCCCAGAGCUAGCUUGAGUCAGGCCCUGCCACAAGCCAGGAGGAGAAGGCAAGGAACAAUGGACAACUGGGAUCCAUUGAGCCCCAGGACCAGUGUGCCCCAUGUCACCACCUCUUUAUUUCCCUUCUCUCCCCUGGGUUACCAUGCCUUAGCUCAUGGCCACAGCAAUGCCUACAUUUAAAGAUUCCCAUUAGGGGAGCCACUCAGCUGCACUGGCUCCUCAGUCCUCCACCCACUGUGUGACCACAUGAGCCUCUCUCAGCAUGGGGAAACUGAGGCUGAGGGGAGCCAUGUCUCUGGCUGGAGCCACAUAUGUUUGCCAUGACAGAGCCAGGACUGGAGUUCAACUCUGCCUACCCCCAUACCAUGCUCUCAACGAAGACAAGGCUACAUCAGGACUACUGGGCUUCGUGUCCCUCAGAGGCCACUGCAUGUGAGACCCUUGUGCCACCAGGGAGUCCUUGGUGUCCCCAGAGUCUGGUUGGCCAAAGCUAGUUAUCAAACCAAGUUCUGAAGCUGCCUCAAUGGCUUAGCAAAACAAACAACCCUGUUUUCCUACCUUCUGAAGCUGGAAGCGCAGGAAGGUAUUGGCGGUGUUGGCGUCUCUCUUUUAUUUCAGUUAUCUGUGGUGCUGUGGUAGAGCCAGGGCCUGGGCAUGCUGGUCACGUGAUCUGCCCGUGGUCCACACCACAGCCCAAGGCUGACUUCUCCUGAGACCUCUUUCCUUGACUUUAAAAUGAGCAGCUUCCUUUGGUCUUCUCUGAAUCUGAGUAAAAUCAGCUUUCCUCAGGCUGGGGACAUAGAUCAGUCGGCAGACUGCCCACCUGAUGCCCACGAGGCCCCCCAGGAUCCAAAUGAACUGGGCAUGAUGGCCCCUGCCUGUAUUCUCAGCCCUGGGGAGGCAGAGGCAGGAGGAUCUGGAGUUCGGAGUCAUCCUCGGCUCCAUAGCAAGUCUGAGGUCAGCCUGGAUUCCAUGAGAGCCAGAGAGGAGAGAGAGGGAGAGGAGGGGAGAAGGGGGUUGGGGAGGGAGGAAAGGGAGGAAGAGGAGGAGGAGGAAGAGGAGGAGGAGGAGGACAGGGAGAUGGAGACCCAGUUCUGUUGAAUAGGACCCACACAGGGACUGCAUAUUACCGAGGGAGCUACCACGGCCUCCCUCUACAGUCCCUGAGGGGCUGGAUUAGGGCGUCAGCAGCAGUCUUAGAGCGCUUGAGUCCAGGCUUCCUGUUUGUGUACGUCCGGGGGAGCUCAGGCCUAGGAAAGAGGGUGCCUGUCCAUGUGGGUCACGGAGCAGAGCCACUGCAGGGCCAACGACACACUCCGAGCCCUCUCUCCAGACUGCAGGCACGCUCCACCACAGGGACAGGUGUGUAAGGCACCCAGUGGCCUUUCUCCUAUGAAAGUGGACACUCGCUCUUGGCCAGGUAGCCUCAACCACCUUCCCCAACCACUUCCCAAGUGAGAAAAAUUACUCCAGAUGAACACUCCUGAACACUCCAAUAAAGUUUUAUAUUUUGUAAACUUUG